AUGGCGUCCCACCAGGUUCUUCACGAAGGCGACGACGCUCCAGAUUUUUUCGUCACCGGUGAUCCUGCAGAACACAUCUCAAAAUGGAUCGAUGAAAUUACAACACAUAUGGAAAAUAAUUUCCGUGUGGUUGGUGCUUUUGGUGACCGGGAUUUUAUCGGAGGACCGCCAAUACUAGUUCAGAUAACGGAAUUCAUAGACACAUGUAAACGAACCAUAGUGGUAUUCGACGGACGCAGCCGAUGGGCAAACUACGCCGCGCAAAUGGUCAUACAUCGAAUGUUCCAGGAGAACGCUGAGAAAUGUAACGAACGUCUUAUCAUCGUUUUACGAAACAAAGAAGCUGCAAAACAAGUGCCAACAUUUCUGCGAAACAACCACACACUCAACGCGGAUGCGAAGGAUUUCUACAAUAAGUUGUUCUACAGUGUCAAAGGUUACAGCUCGAAAGAAAGGUAUAACCUAAACAAACAGAACGAAAUUUUACCAAAGCAAGAAACAGAAAACCCCGGAGCGUGUUUACUAGAGCUCUUACCACCCCAAGAUGAGCUAUAUCUGCCUCCGGAACCUAAUAGUGAUAAACCAGGUAAAAGAGGUAAAUUUUAUCAUGAUUUAGACUUUUGUCCCUGUACUGGUGAUAAACGCAGCAAAUUAUCAGUUAUUUCCCUCUUUCAUCUAUACUUGUCUCUACUAUGA